CAAAUAUUCAAUAACCUAGCAAGUUGGAUUGGAGUGGUUGGGAUUGGGAGAUAAAUUAUGCAAAACUUAAAAAAUAAGGUUCUCUGUCUUAUCAGUUGUUAGCAUUUUGCAUUCACCCACAGCCACAAAAUACUUAAAUGCAAGAUUCCUUGCAAUUGAAAGAACUCAGCCCUCAGAAAAAAACAAAGAGAAAUUGUUGAAAAAGAAAAAGGAUCAUCAUGGUGUUUAAACUUUUAGAGUAGAGAAUCCAACAGCUUCAAAAUUCCCCUUUCCAUUUUCACAGGAAAUUGCAACAUCUGCAAACUAAGCCCUCUGAUUACAGCAAAACGGAGGAAAUGCCCCAAAACCUGAUCCAAAUUCCCAGAGUGAAGCUGGGUAGCCAAGGAUUGGAGGUUUCAAGGUUGGGUUUCGGAUGUGCAGGACUCUCUGGAAUUUACAACGCUCCCCUCACUCAUAAAGAUGGAUGUGGCAUGAUCAAACAAGUUUUCACUAGAGGCAUAACCUUUUUCGAUACUUCUGAUCUUUACGGAGCCGAUCACGACAAUGAAAUCAUGGUUGGAAAGGCCUUGAAACAGCUCCCUCGAGAAAAGAUUCAGUUAGCUACAAAGUUCGGCAUUGUGCCAUUAGGAGACUUUCGGUUUUCAGUAAAUGGGACACCUGAAUAUGUAAGGAAGAGCUGUGAAGCGAGUCUUGAGCGGCUUCAAGUUGAUCACAUCGACCUCUACUAUCAGCAUCGUGUUGACCCAUCUGUGCCCAUUGAGGAAACCGUGAGCUCUUUCUGUAUAGAGUUUUCUACUGCUGAAAGAAAAAUGGGAGAGCUGAAGAAGCUAGUGGAGGAGGGGAAGAUAAAGUAUAUCGGUUUGUCCGAAGCAAGUGCAGACACAAUCAGAAGAGCCCAUGCAGUUCAUCCAAUCACUGCCUUGCAAAUGGAGUAUUCACUGUGGAGCCGUGACAUUGAAGAUGAGAUAAUCCCACUAUGCAGAGAGCUUGGAAUUGGGAUGGUGGCUUACAGUCCUCUGGGUCGAGGGUUCUUCGGUGGAAAGGCGGUUGCAGAAAGCUUGCCCAGUGAGAGCUUGCUGGUUAAACAUCCAAGAUUUGCCAAGGAGAGUUUAGAAGAGAAUGAAGCUAUUUACAAACGGCUUCUUGAUAUGGCUGCCAAGCAUCGUUGUGCUACAGUGCAGUUGGCUUUAGCGUGGCUGCUCCAUCAGGGUAUUGAUAUAGUUCCCAUCCCAGAGAGCAGUUCAGCAGCAGAAAAGAGCAAACUAGUACGCAAACAGUUCUUUAGAUUAAAGCAACCAAACAGGACCCAGCUGUCAUAGAAUCUGACUCCAUGCAGCAGCACAAGGCCGCUGACUGACAAAAUUAUUCCUGCAAAUGGAAUCAAACUCAGCUUUAAUCAAUUUCAUAAUAAUCAAGGGGCACAGCUUGUAAGGCGGGCGUAUUACGUAUAGAUAUCAGUAUAACUGCACUAUUGGCAAUACAAUGAGGAGAUUUAUCGCAAUUUUCAGAUUAUUCGUCAGAAGCUGUGCAAGAAUGGACAGAAAGAGGAUAUAAUUAACGUCAAAGUUGUAAAUUCAGAAGAUGCUUACCAGAGAGUUGGUUUGUGGCUACAGAUUUUCCAGUGAUUAACAAGCCUCUGAUUGUCAAGAGGCAUGAAACUUUCUUGUCAGCAAGAAAACUAAAAAGUUAAUAAUUUCAAUGCGAAAACGCUAGUUAGCACUCAAUAAUGUGGGUUAGAAUAUAAUUAACAUGUAAUAAAUGAACAACAUUUUUAAGGAAAAUGCUGAACUACAUAUCUGACACAUAAACUCAAUACUUUGUAAAGCACUGUGGAACAGGCUUUCGUGAUAAGAUACUAUAGACAACAAAUAUGGGCUCAAAUAGGAUGAUAAAAAUAAAUGUGA